CUGCCAUCCGCUACAACGCGCUGCUACUUUUCCCCAAACACAUCUCUACACAGCAAACGUACACGAUUUAAUCUAUCGGAUACAAUUAUUGUGUUAUUACCAACCACCCAACAACAACAACAAACUACAAAACCUCAUCUAUUUUAUAUAUAUAAUUUUUAAAACCUCCUCCUACCAAAUUAUAACAAUGAUUUCCAACACCCAAUUAAAUACCUCUCAAAAUAUUCUUGAUGAUGAAGAUUUCCUCUCUAACUAUGCUGAUGAUUUCCUAUUUGAUGAUAUUACCACUUCUGACGAUCAACAACAACAACAAACUAAUGAACAACAAAACACCAACAAUAAGAAUCUUAUUGUUGUUUUAAAACAAGCUAAAGGAAGAGAUGACCAAUUUGAAUCAGUCUUUCCUCCAUCCCUAUUGUGCCAUCCAUACAAGUAUGAUUUAAAGGUCACUGGAGAAUUAGAAAACAACCAACAAGCUAAAUUAAAUUUGAAUCUUGUUGAUGCUGAAACCCUAACUGUACCAAAUGUUACUCUUCCAAAUAAGAAGAUUGUUGAAGGUGUUUCUGUUGAACAAAUUGAAGAAGUUGGUCCUAAUGAAAGAAUUAUCCGUUUCACUUUUAAUUUGUGUUCUUUCCACUUUAAGAGAAGACCUUUCAAGUUAGAAUUGACCCAAGUUAUUGGAACCACUUCAAAGAGAUUAUUCUUGAGUAAUUCAUUCCAAACAUUUGCCAGACGUAGAGAACAUCACCAAAGUUUCAACAGUACCAAGACUUCCAACAGUGAUAAACAACAAACUCAAUCCAAUGCUCCACUCACCCCAGAUUCUAGUAGUAAUAGUAGCAAUAGUACAUUGAUGCAAUCACCAAAGAUGGAGAAGAAGGGUGUUAAACGUUCAAUUUCAUCUGUUUCUACAACUCAUUAUCCAAUUAAUAAGACUCGUAACGUUGCCCCUACUUCACCAAGCUCAUCAAUGGGAUCUCCAACUAUUCUCAAUCCACACUUUGCUGCUCAAUUCCCAAUUGUUUAUCCUGCAAUGUAUCAUCCAGAUAUGAGUCAACAAUUUGCUUUGCAAUAUGCUCCAAAGAUGCAAAUGCCACUCUUUGUUCCACCACAAUGGGCUGCUUAUCCAACUAAUACAAUGGUCUUUGGUUCUCCACACACUUCUCCAGUUUCCCCACCAUCAAAUGCUAUUCCACAACAAGAAAAGUCAAACGAUAUUUUGGGUACUCUUAUUACUGGAGAUUGUUCUGACAAAAAGGCCUACAUGAAGAAGGAACAAAAGAUUAUUCACCAUACUCCACUUAAUUUUGUUCACGCUAUUCCAACAGCCCCUGUGAUGGAAACAUCUGAAAGAGCAUCUAUUGCAAUUCAAUUCCUUCAAUCAUUGACUCCUGUUGAAAGACAAACCGUCUCAAUGUUCAUGCAUGGUUCUCAAGCUCUUUAACUUGUACAAAAUCUAACUUUUCAAAUAUAAUCAUCACUCCCAACCAUUGAGAGAUUACUAACAGAAGAAAGAGAGGUGUCUUCUACAGUAAUACCAUCAUUGUUUCCCUUCCCUUUAUAUAUUUUUAAUAUUAUCCAUUUAUUUAUAUUUAUAUAUUUGGGAUAUCUAUGAAUGGACUCUUCUGGUUGCUCCUUCCAAUCAUUUUAUUUUCCUCAAUACAAGUCUCCUUCUCCCCUUUGUUGAGAAAUGAGAGACAUGUUAAUGAGUAGAGAAUUUAAUGAAGAUGAGAGUUCAACCAAAAUUGAGACCUUCAUAGUGAUUCCCUCCUUUUAUAUACCAUUUAAAGCAGUAGUUGUUAGUAGCAAAGAGAAUGAACCAAUAAAAGAUUUAGUAUUGGCUUUGUUUAAUCAU